UCCUGCGCAGCUCCCGGGACGGACUUAGCACGGAACCGUCGGAGAACGCGUGGGGCCUCGGUCUGAGCCCUUGCCGAGAGCAGACAGGCGAACCACCCCCUCCCCGGCCCCGAGCGGGUCCCGCACCCGCCGUGUCGUGCCCCCCAGCCCCGAUCGCCGUCACCCGGCUCCCCGAGAAUGCCGGAAAGAUGGCGCUAGCGGCGGCGGGCGGCCGCGCGCAGCGGAGCGGGCUGCUGGAAGUUUUGGUGCGCGAUCGCUGGCACAAAGUUCUUGUGAACUUGAGCGACGACUCCCUGGUGCUCAGCUGCGACGAGGCCGCCGCGGCGUCCAACGGCCUCGCCGCGGCCACCACCAAUGGCUCGUUCUGCAGGGGCGCGGGCGGCGGCGGCGGCGGCGCCGCGCAGCCCCCGGACUCGCCGGCCGGGGUCCGCACCGCCUUCACCGACCUGCCCGAGCAGGUGCCCGAGUCCAUCUCGAACCAGAAGCGCGGCGUGAAGGUGCUCAAGCAGGAGCUGGGCGGGCUGGGCAUCAGCAUCAAGGGCGGCAAGGAGAACAAGAUGCCCAUCCUCAUCAGCAAGAUCUUCAAGGGGCUGGCGGCCGAUCAGACCCAAGCCCUGUACGUGGGCGACGCCAUCCUGUCGGUGAACGGCGCCGACCUGCGGGACGCCACCCACGACGAGGCGGUGCAGGCGCUGAAGCGCGCGGGCAAGGAAGUGCUGCUGGAAGUGAAAUACAUGCGAGAAGCCACGCCCUAUGUGAAAAAAGGCUCCCCAGUCUCUGAGAUUGGGUGGGAAACGCCUCCGCCGGAGUCCCCUCGGUUAGGGUCCGGCUCCUCGGAACCCCUGGCUUCGCAAUCCUUCUCCUUCCAUAAAGAUCGGAAAAGCAUCCCUCUCAAGAUGUGCUUCGUCACCAGGAGUCUGGCCUUGGCUGACCCCGAGAACAGGCAGCUUGAAAUCCACUCUCCAGAUGCUAAACACACAUUGAUCCUACGGAGCAAAGACUCAGCCACUGCCCAGGCCUGGUUCAGUGCCAUCCACUCCAACGUCAGUGAGCUGCUCACUCGAGUGAUAGCUGAGGUCCGAGAGCAGCUGGGGAAGACAGGCAUUGCUGGGAGUCGAGAGAUCAGGCAUCUUGGCUGGCUUGCAGAAAAGGUUUCUGGGGAGAAUGAGAAACAGUGGAAGCCAACCCUGAUUGUACUGACGGAGAAGGACCUCUUAAUCUAUGACAGUAUGCCGCGGAGAAAGGAAGCCUGGUUCAGCCCCGUGCACACAUAUCCUCUUCUUGCCACCAGGCUGGUGCAUUCGGGUCCAGGGAAAGGAUCACCUCAGUUUGGUGUGGAUCUCUCCUUUGCGACACGUACUGGGACCAGGCAGGGGAUCGAAACGCAUCUCUUCAGGGCUGAGAUCAGCAGAGACCUCUCACACUGGACCAGGAGCAUAGUCCAGGGUUGCCACAGUGCAGCUGAGCUCAUCACAGAGAUCACCACAGCUUGCACCUACAAGAACCAGGAGUGCCGUCUGACCAUCCAUUAUGACAAUGGCUUUUCUAUCACCACUGAGCCACAGGAGGGGGCCUUACCCAAGACCAUCCUUCAGUCUCCUUAUGAAAAGCUGAAAAUGUCAUCCGAUGAUGGGAUCAGAAUGCUGUAUUUAGAUUUCGGAGGCAAAGAUGGAGAGAUUCAACUGGACCUUCAUUCCUGCCCCAAGCCAAUUGUUUUCAUCAUUCAUUCCUUCCUGUCAGCUAAGAUUACAAGACUGGGCUUGGUGGCCUGAACAAAGGACAACUCCGCUUGGAGAACAGGAGGCUUGCAAAACGACCCAGGGGGGACCACUGGGCAUCAUUUGGCAGUGAGCAGAGCCCCAGACCUGGCAUGUCACUGUCAGCUCCAGAUGCUAAGUCCUCUGCAACUUUCCAGACUCCUCAGUCAGUUUUGCCAACUCCAAAGGGGUGCCCUAAGAAAGUGCUAUGAGGACUAUCAGAAUAAAAUUCUUUUUAGAAAGUGUAAAGGGGUGAAGGCAAUUGGAAAUACGCAACAUAGCUUUUUAAAUAACGACAAUCAAGGACUCGAGCUUUAGAACAGCAUGUGUAAAUCUUAAUCUGUUUCUAAGCAACUGGUGCACCCAGGUAAGCAAGGGCUGAAUAGACGAGAAAUAGACAUUUUCACUUCUCCCAGCACAUCCCAGUAUGAGCUCUCACUGUAUUGUGAUUUAUUUCCUACUUGUCAUUGAGUGUUUUUUACUGGCAAGGAAAGAAAAAUACUUCAUAUGGAAACCUUCCUUUAUAUUGAAGUAUGAAGCAGCUGUAACUUUUGUUCUUAAUGGAUUUUCUUCCAGCAGUGUAGGAUGAUUCUGAAAUGUCCCCGUUAGCAUGUGCUGAGUAGGAAUUAAAGAAAGCGAUAUCUAUUGACUCUGAGCUGUUAAGUUGGUAGAAUCUGAGCCAAAGACUGCUUAUAUUGCAAGCUUUGCUGGAGAAUGGUAUGUGUGAAAUAUGAUUAAUUCCAGACCAUGCAAUCCCCUAUGUCUCCUGUUCUAGGACCAUGAUUUAGAACCUUAUAUGGAAGGCAAAUGAUAUAUUUUUAAGUUUAUAUAUAUAAACAAUGCACAUGGGAUGAACUAUCCCUUUUUUGUGGUUGUCAGUGGAAUUUUGGAGCAACAUAUUGGCCCUUGUUUCUGCCUGUGCUUGUAUGCAUGCAUUUUCAAACAAAUAAUAGAACAGCCUCAUAUAAUUCAGAAUAGUGCUGGGUUUUACAUACUUCUAAGUAUGGUCCCAGCUUAUGAUAGAGUCUAUUGAUAGCAUUCACAGGUCUUUCAGAAGUCCAGGGAAAUAAUAUAGUGACCUGAUAUUUUUUUACAAGAAUAUUCUCAGACAAUAUAUAGCACAUUACUUAUCUAAAGCUUUUCCUUAUAUCUUUUGAAAUAAAUCACUUAAAAUCCACUUAUGAAUUGAUGUUGAUGUCACUGUCCUAAAACCUUGGAAAUCUGCUCUAGCAUUUGUGACAUUUCUUCCUUUAGUUUACAUAGAUAAAUGCCCUGGGUCAAAGGUGUGUGCUUUCUCAGAAUCAUAUUUUAGUAAAUACCUAUGCAAAGAGAUUUUAAUAGGUAAAGCAGUUUUUAAAGGAAAGUGGUAUUGCUCACUCAGACAUCUGUGUUUAUGGAGUUGCAAAGUUUUAUGUUUUCCCAAAGUAUCUAUCAUAGAAUAUUACUUCCAAGGGACAUUGAUGGAGUGGUAUUUUGUGGAUGGAGGAAAUAAGGAGUUUGGUCAUCAGAAAUGUUUGUUGGAUAUUAAAUUAACAAAAGUUAAACCAGUUGUCUCAGAGACUUUAAUAGACAUUGUGAUUUUCAAGAGUAAACAUGCCAUUUUUGACACAAUUUCUUUCUUGUGGAACCAGUGUGUUUUAAAAAUAAAGAAAAGAAAAACAAACAAAAAAAGCGUACUUUAGAAAACACAACUUUGAAACUUUAAACAUUGUUUUAGGUUUUAAAAUACUGAAGGGUGAAACCCAAACCUGAAUAGUAGGAAAGCGUUGAUGUAUUUGUAAAUUUACGUAUUCUUUCAUUAUAUAUUUUCAGAAUCACUGGAAUGUUGUUAUACAAGAGUACUUGUACUUGUGUAUUGUAAAUAACAUUAAAAUGCAUAUAUUAAUGCCAGUAGUUUAAAUCAACAGUAUAUAAUCUAAGGUGCUCAGUACUAGAUGAAGUAUGAGUUAAUUACUCAUAAUUAAGUUGCAAAGAUCCUAUUAUAUAUUUAUAAGCAAAUUAAAAUGAUAAUAAUUACAAAUAUUAUUUCUUUCUUCAUCACUUCAGUUUUUGAGUGAACAAUAUCUUUCUGGGUGGAAAUCAACAUAACUACAUUCUCUGCAUUUAUAAAAAUUAAUUUAAAUAUUUAUAUUUUAGAGAAAAUAUAUUUGAAUAAAAUUAAUGCAUUUUCUGCAUUAAAGUGCAUUCUUAGAAAUAUAAAAUUUUACUAAGAAAAUUGUGUAUCCGAAUUAUUUUUUUCCCCGUAACUCAAAAUAUAUCACAUGAGAGUGGUUAUGAUGAAUCAAUUGUGAAUAUUCCUCUGUUUCUUAUUCUGAAUUCAAUGUUGCAAUGACUUUACACUGUAGAAUUUAAUCUUGUCCUGUUGUGUGUUACGAAUGUGCUGAAUGACAGGAUCUCAUACAUCUGGGUCAUGGCUCGGUACAGUCAAUGAAUGGACUUAGUCAUGUGGAGAUACUUGUUCUUGUCGAGUUUCCUCUGUGCUCAGCUUGUUUCUUAUUUGAAUUGAUAGUUUAUUAAAUUCAGUGUUUUUCCCUUUAGGGAAAUGAAAUGGGAAACUACCAAUCCCUUCGUGUGGUGAAACAUUGUCAAACCAUCCCAUAGGAAUUUAAAGAUUCAAUAGGAAUGAAUAUAUAUGUGUAUGUAUAUGUAUGUGUGUAUAUAUACAUCCACAUAUAUGUGAAUAUAUACAUACAUAUAACCACCAAUUUUUUCCCAAAGUAAUGAGCAGAAGCUUCCUCCAGCCCACCUCCACCCCCACCCCGGCUUCUACAAUACUUGCUCCUUGCUUUUGAGGGCAUUGGAAUGAACUGGGUGAGAGGAUAAUUUUUGAAUGUAUCUUGAGUUUUUAAAAAAUGUGCCUAUGUUUAUAGCACCAUGGAGAUCAUGUAAAAUUUAUAUAUGAAUUAAUAAAUAUUCACCUCUGACUAUGA